AUGGCGCAACCCAAGGAGAACUCCGAGUUGACAAAGCCACAGUUCUACAACCUUGCCAUCUUCAUAUCAUCCAUUGCUGCCUUUAGUCUGAUAGCGCAACGUAUGACUUCUGCAAAGGCCAUCGGUUCAUGAAAUAAGCCAUCAUGACACGAAACAUCAGUUGCCAAUGUGUAGUGGAACGAAUGCUACCAAGCUUCUUACUUCUUGCUUCUCUUCCCAAGAGAAACCAUCUCAAAAACUUUAGCACAUCGCGAAUCUAGACAUCCGGCCCGUUGCAUCCGAAUAUGUCACGCACUUCUAUCCCACCUCGACCCCCUCUUCAGUCUUACAACACCCUUCGCUUGGAAGAAUUGCGUCAACUGCUUCCUCCAAUUCACCUCCCACGUCCAAAUUUUCCGUUCCUCAUCCCAUUCGAAUCUUCCCACCCCAAACCAGGAGGAGCCUUUCAUGUGGUUCCGGCCAAUCUUGAUCCACUGCGGCGCUUCCUCUAGCCGUUCCUUUGGCAGCACACCGGUACGAUAAAGCUCGUCGACACUUUUCAUAUCCUCUCCCUUCCUGACUGACUCUGGCGACUUCAAAACUGCAUACUGUGGAUUGGUAGCCAGUUUAUCGAACGAGAAGACUAUUUAACCCCGGGGUAUGGCCUCGCCAGGCCAUCUAAGCUCACCCGUUAUCGGGUCGCGACGUGGAAGUGCUAGCGAGUUUGAUAGUUCAGGAAGAUGCAUCGAUACAAAUAUCCGCUC